AUGGCGGGUGAAUUUGAUCAAGAGUUCAAUGAAGAAUGUAUUGUUGAACAUAAUCGUCUACGGGCUUUACAUGGAUGUCCAGACUUAAUACUCGACGAAGAAUUAGCCGUGGAUGCACAAAGAUAUGCAGAAUACUUGGCCAGUAUCAGUGAACUUGAACACUGUACAGAUACAGAUGCAGGAGAGAAUUUAGCCUUCUACACAUGUAAUACUAGUGCUGAGAAAAGAGAUUUUACAGGUGUUGACGCCACAAAGACAUGGUAUCAAGAAAUAGAAGAAUACGAUUUCAAUAAAGAAAAUCAAUUUUCUUGUGGACAUUUUACACAAGUUAUCUGGAAAUCGACAUUACGAGCUGGAUUCGGUAGAGCAUUUUCAAAGGAUCAUCGAAGUAUCUAUGUUGUUGGUCGAUAUGAUCCACCUGGAAAUUAUUCUCUAGAGUUUGGAAAAAAUGUUCCACCAUUAGUUCAUUGUUAAAUAACUUAAAAAAUUAUUUUCGUUUUUUGUUUUUCUAUUUUUUUUUUUUGAUGGGAUACUUUGUAUACUUUUAUAAUUUCUACCCUAUACCAAAACAAAAAUUAAAUUGUCCUUCUAAUCAGGGAAAUUUUAUUUAUGUGUAGAGAGAGAGAGAGCGAUUCACUGAACUAUUCACAAUCACACCGUUGAACGAUGUGGAGACUCCAUCUCCUUUUUUGUCACUUCGCACAAAUAUUUUUAUUCUUAUUUUUUUAAGGGAGAGUGAAGGGAAUAUUUUAAUUCUAUUUAUUUAUAUAUAUAUUGGUUAUAAUAAAAAC